AUGCGUCCCCAAGGCCCUUGGGCUGCUUGCCCAGCAGCUCUGCUGCUCCUUGCCUGUGUCCUGGCCUCUGAUGCGCUGCCCAGCACCCGGGGGAGGAAGAAGGUGGUGCACGUGAUGGAGGGUGAGAGCGGGGCCGUGGUGGUGCAAACGGCGCCGGGGAAGGUGGUGACACACCGCGGCGGCACCAUCAUCCUCCCCUGCCGCUACCACUACGACGUCUCCGCCCACGACCCGGCCGAGAUCCGCCUCAAGUGGACCAAAGUGACGGAGCCGAUGGCCUUCGUGGACGUCUUCGUGGCUCUGGGGAAGGCUCGGAGGGCGUUCGGCAGCUACCGGGGGCGCACGGCGCUGCAGGAGGACGGCCUGGGGGACGCCUCCCUCAUCAUCCGCAACGUCACCCUGCAGGACUACGGCCGCUACGAGUGCGAGGUCACCAACGAGCUGGAGGAUGACGCCGGCAUGGUCAAGCUGGACCUGGAAGGUGUGAUCUUCCCCUACCACCCACGCCUGGGGCGCUACACCCUGAACUUCCACGAGGCUCAGCAGGCAUGCCUGGAGCAGGAUGGCAUCCUGGCCUCACACGACCAGCUGCACCAGGCCUGGCUGGAGGGCAUGGACUGGUGCAACGCAGGCUGGCUGGAGGAUGGCUCCGUGCAGUAUCCCAUCUCCCGGCCUCGGGAGGAGUGCGGCCGGAAGGACACUCCGGUGGGAGUUCGCAACUAUGGCUACCGGCACAAGGAGAGUGAGCACUACGAUGCCUUCUGCUUCACCUCCAACCUCAAUGGCAAAGUCUACUUCUUGAAGACCUACCGCAAGCUGAGCUACCCGGAGGCGGUGCAAGCCUGCAAGAACAACGGCGCGGCGGUGGCCAAGGUGGGGCAGCUGUACGCCGCCUGGAAGCUGCAGCUGCUGGACCGCUGCGAGGCAGGCUGGCUGGAGGACGGCAGCAUUCGCUACCCCAUCGUCAACCCCCGCGCCCGCUGCGGCGGCGCCGAGCCCGGCGUGCGCAACCUGGGCUUCCCCGACAAGAAGUACAAGCUCUUCGGGGUCUACUGCUUCAAAACGGCUGCGGAGACCCCCCCAGAGAAGGGCUUGGCCGGUGCGGGGCACCCCAAUCGUGUGUGA